AUCAGAUGUCGUGAGCGGACGAAAAGAAGAGAGAGAUAAACACAUUGUUAAAAUAAUAACCUUAACUUGCUGACUAUAUAAACCUGCAAAUGUUUCAUUGGAACUGUGUUGUACACUGUCCUCGGAUUCAUGUCUUGAGAUUAUCUAAGUACGAUACAAAUAAACAUGACGAAUAAGGUUAUAUACUUUACAGUGGAUGGUAAACCCGAACAGGCGGAGUUUCGUUCAGACUUUCCAGCUGACGACGUGAAAGAUUGUUUUCACUCUGCUUCAGAAGCUGGACCCAAUGAUAUAUUAAAAUUAUACAACCAGAAGGGCAACAUAGUGAAUAUCUCACCGAGCUUAGAGGAGAAUGGACCAGACUCGCGGUAUCGGCUCGAGGUUGUGGCUAUGAACUGUGAUGCUUCUAUUGCCAGUCGUCUUGGGUUUGACAUGACUGGAUUGGAAUCUAGGUUACAAGAACUGGAAAAGAAGGUCAAAGUUGAGAAUGGUGACACUCCAUCUGUUGUCUAUGACCUGAGAAACAAAGUAGAAAGCUUCAGAGAGAAGCUAGAGGGAGUGGAGCAUUUAAGUUGGAUGGGAUUGUUUAAGGACCUUGUGCGCUGCAAGGGUUCUAAACACUUCUACCAGAAUGGAACUUACUUAAAGGCCUCAGAGGCGGACCAAAGACGCGUCUGGGAGAAAUUCCAAAAAAUGAGUAACGUCCAGUUAACGACUGAAGUGCGUGAGUAUCUAAGGCAACCAAGCUUUGACAACUGGCAAUGGGAGGAUGCGGAAAUGUUGGUUCUACUCCAACAGAUGUACAUAGAUCUUGAUUUUGUCUCUAAAUUCCACAUAGAGAUGCCUGUGCUGCAGUCCUUUCUGUUUGAAGUUUACAGACAUUAUAAUAAUGUACCUUUUCACAAUUUCAAGCACUGUUUUUGUGUAUGCCAGAUGAUGUAUGGAAUCUCUUGGUUGACAGAUCUCUGUAGUCUGAUAGGUGACUUAGAUGUGAUGAUUAUGAUAACUGCAACAAUUUGCCAUGACCUUGAUCAUCCAGGGUACAACAAUGCCUACCAGGUUAAUGCGAAAACAGAACUUGCAUUGCGGUACAACGACAUUUCCCCGUUGGAAAACCACCACUGCGCUAUCGCAUUCGAGAUCCUUGAGAAACCUCAUUGCAACAUCUUCAAGAACAUUGGUCCAGAACGUUACAAAAGAGUCAGAGAAGGCAUGAUCAAGACAAUCCUCGCCACAGACAUGGCGCGGCACAAUGAAAUUCUUAACGAAUUCAAAUCAAUAAAGGACAACAUCGACUACUCUAAGAAAAAACACAAAGAUCUCCUAAUGAUGAUCUGCAUCAAAGUCUCUGACAUCUCGAACGAGGCGCGACCGAUGGAUGUGUCCGAUCCGUGGAUAGAUUGCUUACUCCAAGAAUUCUUCAACCAGGGUGAUGUUGAGAAAUUGGAAGGGCUACCAGUUGCCCCAUUCAUGGAUCGAGAGAAGACAACUAAGCCAUCAUCCCAGGUUGGAUUUAUCGGAUUUGUCCUGUUGCCGCUUUUUGAAAGUUUAGCAGCCGUCUUUCCCGUUCUUGACGAGCAUAUUGUAGAACCAGUUAGAAAAGCUCUGAAAUAUUACACCGACAUGGUGAAAGCAUUAGAAGAAGAGAAAAAACGCAAAGAAGAGCGUCAGGAAAAUGGAGAAAAUAGAAUAAAAAAUGGCGACACUAAAAUGAGAAAAGCAUCACAGACCAAUGGUUCAGUCACUUCACAAGUAGAAGCCAAGUAAUCAGAAUGUAGAGGGCAGCGUACAUCUCAAGUGGAAGCUAAGAAUUCAGAAUGUAGAGGGCAGCAGACAAGUAUCACUCAUUUUCACUUUUUUCAGAUGUGUCAUUUUUACAACCAUUUUACCAUUCAUGAUUGUACUAUAAAAAAAAAUGAAGAUAUGAGAUGGUUUCAGGUCAAGACUGGGAUUUGUUUUGGGAUGGGAUGGGGAUGGUUUUAUGUUGUGGUAAUGACAAGAUGACAAAUGAGUUUUGUUUCCAUUUGAGCUCUAUCUAAGGCUAAGUGGUGCUAUACUGUAGACAAUAAGAUUUGUCUGCAUACUAAGCAAAUAUUUUUCUGUUUGAUUUCAAGCAGGAAUAUUAGAAUGUUUUUAUUAAUUUCUCAGGACAUGUUAUUUUUUGUAAUAAAAAAAUGUUUAGAUUGUUAUUAAGAUGCAGUAUUGUAGGUUUACCCAUGUAUGUAGAACUUUGCUGCAUUUAUUAGAUGCAGCUGGUUUAGUUUACUAAUUGUAGUAUUGUAAUCACAGUUGUAUGUAAAGCAUUGCAUAGACACAGCAGUAUUAGCUGUUGCAAAGGUACAUCAACACCUUAAGAUACUCUUGUGUAAAUGCUACAUGCCUGAAAAUUAUUAGAGCAUAACAUUUUAACUAUUUUACUGGUGUAGAAUUGUUAAUCCAUAAUAUUAAUGAAGGGCUGUGUACUUGAAUUGAUAGCUAUAGUAUAGUUGCUAAGAUACAAUUUAGCAACGUACUUGUGAUUUAGGAGUUCUGCUAAGGUGCUGAUGAGUUGCUAAGUUACAUAUACCAAAGGUGUUGCUACUCUAUACAGCAUUGUUGCUAAGAUACAACUAUGUUUCUAAGAUGAUAAUAAUAAUAAUAAUUAGUUCAUUCUUAUGAGUUGCCAAUACCUUUUAAGAACUUCAUAUAAGUAAAUGAUACAACUGUGUUUUUGCCAAAAUACAUAUAUCUAUCUAAAGUAGAGUUCAUUUUGUACAAAAUAAUUAUUGUCAAAAAGUAGAAAAUGUUAUAUAUUAUGUAAGCAUUACAACUCUAUUGCUAGUAGUACUGUACAAUCAUUAUAUAAGUGGAACAGGGUGAGAUAAAAUAAGUUUUGUUGUCAAUCAGCCUACUGUACCAAAGAAGGAUAAAUUUUAGAAGUGUAUAGUGGAAACAAAUCUUUCUCAUAUGAUUUUCAAAUAUAUUUUAUUUUAAUUUGUUUAUGUAAUAUAAUUACAAAAUGAAAUUUUUGUUAAUUAUUUUUAAUUAAUUUUAGAAAUGAUAAUAUUGUUAUAGAUUCAAAUUAUAUUACAAAAUUGAUUCAGUUGUUACUUACCAAGCCAGAUGGCUAAAUUAACUUUGUUGAGACAAAAAUUUAUAUGAAAAGUAAAGCAAAGCAUUUGGGAAAUUGCUAGAUAAGGUCAAAAGUUUUUUUGAAAGAAAUUCCUACGCUAAAAUGCUAAAAUCUUGUUUUUAUUACAUUUAUUUUAUGAGAAUCGCAUAUUUUCUGAUAAAUAACAAAGUCUAUAGUUUUUAAGUAAAUCUAGAUUUAUUAAUGUUUGUGUAGAGACAAAAUAUGAAAUAACAACAUUGAAAUUAAAUUUCAGUGGUUUCUGUAAAAAGUUGAAAUAUUUUAUAGGGUGUAUUAGCUAUGUAUAUAUUUUAGAAACUCCAGCAUAAGCUGCAUAGAUUUUAUUUGACCAGACCGAUAUCUGGUGCUGCAAACUAAAAAUAUCCUAACGUUGAUAUUGAUGUGUCUAAUUUUUGUAUGUGAAUAUACUUGCUUGCAGAGAGAGUUAUUUGAACCAAAUUUCUGAAAGGGUGGUUGUGAGUUGGCCUGAUGGGUAUCUGCUAGUGAAACAGUCUAACUCACCUACAAAAAACAAACAUAGAGGCUUUUUUGCAUGAUGCACUAUACAAAUCCUAUUAUUAUUUUUAUUAUUAUUGUUAUUAUUAUUAUUAUUAUUAUUAUUAUUAUUAUUAUUAUUAUUAUUGUUAAUAUUAUUAUUAUUAUUAUUAUUAUAGACAAAGACAUGAGGUUUGUAGUGAGUUGGUCUGUAUAUUAUCUACUGAUGAGCAGUCCCAACUCACCACCAACCAAGCAAAGACAGGCUACAACUCCAUGAGGUCUGUAGAUAGUUGGUCUGCAACCUAUCUGCUGAUAAACAGUCCCAUUCGCCACCAACCAGCUAAGAGACGCAGCGGUUCUGCUUCCAUCUCUCACUGAGUAUUUCACUUGUGUCCUUAGGCAAGGCACUUUACCUGCGGUUGUCUCUCUCCACGCAGGAGUACAAGUGGGUACCUGGUAUGUUCAUACAUAAAAAAUACACUGAUUACAGCUGCAACAUUAUGGAAUUCUACGCAAGGACCUGACCUGGGGAUUUAUCAAUCUCAGCUUAGCAAAUUUCAUAAGUCAAAAAUAUAAGAUGUCCCUAAGCCAAUAUCUUAAGAUGAUUCAAAGCAUCUUAUCAAAAUCUUAGCGUACAAGUCAUUUUAGAUGGCGCGUGUUUACAAUCAACUUUUUAAUUUUAAGCAAUUUUAAAGCUAAGCCAUAUUGAUAAAUCGGACUUAAGCAAAAUAAUGGAUUUAAGACAAAUUUAAGUUGAUAUCUAGUUUGAUAAAUCUGGCCCCUGAGUAUGUGUCCCAUAUGUGCUUGAUCAUAGACAUCUGUACAAUACUCAGUCUAUAAAUCGACCAUUAUGAUUAUUAGUCCUAACUCACCACCAACCAAGCUAAGACAGGCUACAGCUCUUUGAGGUCUGAAGUAUAGUAAUUUGGUGUGUAAACUAUCUGAUACUAUACAGACCAAAGUAUUACCAACUUUAUGGAGGCAGCAUAUUUGCAGUGGCAUGUUGCUACACUUCAAUGACAUAGUAACUUUGUAGGUGUUAUUAAGUAAUGUCACUGUCUGAAUAAAUUUACAGGGCAAUAUUAUUUAACUCCUCUCAAAUGUGGAAGUUGUUAAGUUAUGUUAGUGAGCAUUCAGGGGCAGAUUUAGGGUGUCCCCCUUUCAGUUACAAAGCACAUUUUCAUCCCAGGUCAUUGGAUCCUAAUGUAUCAGUGCAGGAGCAUGCAACCAUGCCAGGUACCCAUAUAUUUAUAUGCUUGGAUGGAGAGAGGCAAAUGCAGAUACAGUGUUUUGCUAAAGGAUAAGAGGGUAAUGCACAGUGAGGAGUUAACCUCGAUUUUGUGAAACCAAAAUUUUACUACUGCGCCAAUCCGCUUUCAUACCACUAUUCAGGUUCUUUACAACUGUGUUGUUUUUUUUUCCAUUUAUUUUUUUCUCAUCAUUGUCAUAAUUUGCUUAAAGAAUUUUGUGAGGUCUAAUGCCAUAAUUAUAAAAGUUCUUUAUAAAGACCAGAAAUACAAAAAAAGUAAGUUAUUAACAUAUAUAGCCAAUGGUUUACACUGUGAAGUCAAGUGAAAAUAAUGUUAUAGUUGGUACUUUAAUUAUGAUUAUUGUUUAUUAUUAUUAUAAUUAUUUUUUUAUAUUAAUAUUAGCAUCAUUAUUAUUUAUUAAUAUCAGUUUAUAUUAAAGUUGGUGCUGUUAGGAUUAUAUUGUCAGGGAGAUUUUUAUUAUAAAUAUUGUAUAUUGUUGAUCUGUAUUACAAAUAACCAGACAGGUGAAAACAGUCUUAACUUAUGGAGCAAUCUUUGUCUUAUGUGCAUAUAAAUCACAUUAUCACAGCCUGUCAAUACAUAAAUAGUUAUGUAACUGGAACCAGAGUACAAAACCUCCCCAAUAUUAAAAAGAUUUAAAUGUACAUGGAGGUUUUUGAAUAGGCAUAUAUUAUCUUAUAUGUAUAUUUAAAUUUUGGUAGGUUUAGUUAUUUCAUUGAAUGCUUCCCUGGAUAGAGUAGCUGAAAUAUACUUAAUAUAUGAUUUUAUAAUGAAGGUAAUUUUAUUAUUUAUGUUUGUCUUUUCUUUCGAUUCACUGACAUGUUAUAUCCACUCAUUACUUUUUGAACCUUUUUAAUUUGGUUGUGUUUGUUUUUUUAAAAUUAGUGUUGUAACGAAUACUGGUAAUUUCAUUUCAGGAAGUGGUGCCAAACCACUAGUCUAUUAUUAUUAAUUUCAUAUGGCUUAUGUUUAUGUGUAGUUAAUUAAUGCUGUUAACACAUUUCAGUUGAUUGUAAAAAAAAAACGUCCAAUAAUAUACCCAACUAGUGAAACAAACUUUA